CUCCUCUAUGAGGAAGCAAAACCCCUGACCUCUGUCUGACCAGUGCUGAUUGGCCCUGUGCUGAUCACAUGCACUCUCCCAAGAAGAAAACAAACCUCUCUAGCAAUACACACCAAACUGAGCAUGUGCAAAAUGCCUAUGGUUCAGUCUGUCUUACCAGGAGAAGAGGAGCAACAGAGCAGUCAGGGUCAAAUGGCCUUUUUACACAAUGCAUAGGAUUAACCCCUUAGGUUCCACAGUGAGUAUAACAAGCAUGCUUUACUGCAUAACAGGCUGAUUUUACUGUUGUGGGUUUAG